GAACACAGCUCGACAUGGGGACAUACAGAAGAAUCGAAUGUAUAUUUUUUAGUGAAUUCCACCCUACGUUGGGCCCAAAGAUCACAUAUCAGGUUCCGGAAGAAUAUAUUUCGAGGGAGUUGUUUGAUACUGUGCAAGUGUACAUCAUCACCAAACCGGAACUGCAGAACAAGCUCAUAACAGUGACUGCCAUGGAGAAGAAACUGAUUGGCUGUCCAGUGUGCAUUGAGCAUAAAAAGUACAGCCGGAAUGCUUUACUCUUCAACUUGGGUUUAGUCUGUGAUGCCAGAACAAAAACAUGUGCUUUAGAACCUAUUGUCAAAAAACUGUCUGGCUACCUCACAACUCUGGAGCUUGAGAGUGGAUUCAUAUCAAAUGAGGAGAGCAAACAGAAGCUCUUGCCGAUCCUAUCCACACUUCUGGAAGAACUUAAUGUUACAGGAGCCUGCACCCUACCUAUUGAUGACUCCAACACCAUCCACCUGAAGCUGAUUGAACAAAGGAAAGAUCCUCUUGUUGUUCAGGAGUAUGAUGUGCCAGUAUUUACACAGAAUAAGGACUACUAUAUAAAGUCACAGUGGGACCUCACCACACAGCAGAUCCUGCCUUUUGUAGACGGGUAUCGACACAUUCAGAAGAUUUCUGCUGAGGCUGAUGUUGAGCUUAAUUUGGUGCGGAUUGCUGUUCAGAAUUUAUUGUAUUAUGAAGUUGUAACACUGGUAUCCAUAUUUCAGUACUCCAAUGUUUACUGCACAACACCUAAAGUCCAAAACUUAAUAGAUAAUAAAUGCCUUCAGGAAGAGUGUCUGUAUUUUGUCAGUAAGCCAGGCCAGAGGACGAGUCUCAGGGAUGUGUUCCUCUUGUACUGUGGUUUGACCCCAGGUACAACUGUACGCGAUCUCUGUUCCCGCUAUUCUCACCAGCUACAGAGGGUGGAUGAAAGGAAGUUAGUUCAGUUUGGCUUGAUGAAAGGUCUGAUUCGACGGCUGCAGAAGUAUCCAGUCAAGGUUGUUCGUGAUGACAAGAGCCGUCCACCUAGACUUUAUACUGGCUGCCAUAGUUAUGAUGAAAUCUGUUGCAAAACUGGAAUGAGUUACAGGGAGUUGGAUGAACGCUUGGAGAACGACCCUAACAUUGUUGUUUGCUGGAAAUAAUGUUAAAAAUAGACGAGUGAUAAUGUGUAGACAAGAGUUAGUAUUAUGAUUUUGGAGAUUACAAUAGUUAAAGCAAAGACUUCAUACAGUUCUGAAUCUUAAUUGUAAAUAAACUACGCCUCAUAAAUAUACGAUGCUGCUGUCAUCAAAAUAAGAACACACAUGCUUGCCGAGUAUCUUAAGAAUGCUGAAUCUUAAUAAAUAUUUAAAUUUGUAAUGUGUGGAAAGCCAUUGUUACAUUAUACCUAUUGUUAUUGGUUUUAAAAUGAGAACGUUUCUUAUGAUUUAUUAUGUGGCAUGGUAUGAGUGUGGUCUGAUUGUAGACCGAAUAAAUAAGCAGAUCUAAGUUUUUCCACAAAUUUAAUGAAAUGUACUUUUCCAUACUCAGAGAUGAGGAAAAGUAGAUUGUAUUAGAUCUAUUAUGUGUUAUUAUCUAUUUUGAACUAGUGUCUAAUGCAUUUAGUAAGAUUUAAAAUAAGCUAAUAUUAACAAUUAUUAAUGAAUUAAUUAUUUAAAAAAUCAGGGAUGCAAACUUCUCACAUUUCUGCAGAAUUCAUUGCAACACCUGUGAAAGUCUCACCUUUAUUUCACUUCGAGUUUACAUCCCUGAAGAAUGAAUGAUUACUUUAUCCUUUCUUGUAUGUUUAUCAUUUUUUUGUCUUCUAGGAGUGAGUGAGAAAUUUGUGAAUUUCCUUUCAGUAGACAUAGAUGGGACAUUCAUGCUGCAGCAUAGGAAAACAUAGUUUAAGCAUUCAAGGAAUAGAAUUAUUGGCACCUGCCAAUAUCCUUUUGUGAGGUUCAACUUAGAAAUAAACCGGGCAAAUCAGGCAUUCGAUGAGCUCAUCCACCUGUCCCUUCAUAGUAUAUCUGUCAAACCAGGAGACCUCAUCGAGUUUGCAGAAGUCGUUGCAAAAUCUUGAAGUGCCGUUGGGUUUUUGGAACCCAAGGGGACAGACACACCUGUGUGAUGAAUUGCUGGAAUUACCUCUGAGCAUCAUCAGCAUGCCCACACUCUCCACCACUGUAACGAUUUAAAUGAGGAAAACACAGGUAAUGUGAAGACAAUGCCAACAGAGUGUGAAUGAAGGGAAAGGUUGGUAGAGUGAGUUUGUGGACAGGGAAGUAGAGAUGAAGGUCGGUGUUGUCUUUUUGGGUGGUAAUGGUCUGUGUGUGAGGAUGAGUGGAUCGUGUACAGCGUGAGUGGGGACAGCACUGAAAAUCAAUCAGCUGUGGUUCAGUCUGUGAAGGAGAACAUCAGUCAGGCUCUGGAGUUGUCACUCACCUGACUAGAUUGGCCACAGUGUUUAAAUCCUGCUAAAUGCUGAUGAGGCUGAUUGUUUGCCGAUGAGCUGUUUUCAUCCCACAUGGUGCUGGUUGCUAGAAGCCGGCUUGCCACAACCUGCAACAAUUUUUUGCUCGGGAGUACAUGCACUUCUAUGUCUGAUAUUGUUAUUCCCUCAUUUAGUCUGGAACCAACAUGGUGCAGUACCUGCUAAAACAGAGGUAGGGAGAACCCUUCCCUUUUGUCUUAGAACUUGUCGUUGCUGAACAGUGUUUUGUGGUAGUGAAUGGGGAAGGCCCAGAACAGCUGAAGCUCCUCAAGGCAUUGGAGGUUUGUUUCAAGGCGUUCUUUUUUUUUUUUUUUUUUUUUUUUUUUUUUGCUUU